CAUAGAAACAAAUACCUUGUAAAUUGGUAAUAGUUUAAAUCGAUUCACUUCGUAUAAAUGCCUGGCCGAGAACAGGAUCUCUGUGUAUAUUCCAUCAAGCAUGGCUGCAUCUAUGCUCUUCAUCUCUUUAACUAUUCUUCAAGUUCUCUUCGCCACUUCUUCACUAAUCCAGGCAGCCCCAGCAAACUCAAAGCUCUUCAGAGAGUACAUAGGAGCAGAGUCCACGGGUGUUAGGUUCUCAGAUGUACCCAUUAAUCCCAACGUCGAUUUCCACUUCAUUCUCUCGUUUGCCAUUGACUACUCAACCAAAGCGUCCUUUCCACCCCCCACGAAUGGAGAGUUCAGUGUUUUCUGGGACACCGAAAACCUCUCCCCUUCUCAAAUUUCUUCCAUCAAGGCCCGACAUCCGAAUGUGAAGGUAGGCAUGAGUCUCGGGGGUGAUUCUGUUGCCAACGUCAAAGUCUUCUUCACCCCUACAUCAAUUAAUUCAUGGGUCAGAAAUGCUAUUAAUUCAAUCACACAGAUUGUAAAACAGUAUAAUCUGGACGGAAUUGACAUUGAUUAUGAACACUUCAUUGCUGAUCCUGACACAUUUGCUGAGUGCAUAGGGCGGCUUCUAUUCUACCUUAAGCAAAACAAGAUCGUGUCAUUUACCUCAAUAGCACCAUAUGAUGAUGAUUCUGUUCAGCCUCAUUACCUGGCUCUUUGGAAGAAGUAUGGGCAUCUUAUAGACUAUGUCAACUUCCAAUUUUAUGCCUACGACAAGGGAACAACUAUUUCUCAGUUUCUGCAAUAUUUUGAAACUCAAAGCUCCAACUAUGAAGGAGGUAAAAUUUUGGUGAGCUUUGGUACGGAUGGAAGUGGAGGGUUGUCUCCUGAAAAAGGCUUCUUCAAGGCAUGUGCCAUGCUUAAAAGUCAGGGUAAACUUAAUGGUAUCUUCAUUUGGUCUGCAGAUGACUCCAAGAAGGCUGGUUUUAUUCACGAUAAGCAAUCACAAGCCUUUCUGGCUAGUAAUUGAACUUCGUAACAUUGUUAUAUUGUGUGGAAGUGAUCC